GAGACGCUUUUAUCGUCGCCUACUACCCAAUCAGCAUCCACCACACAACAGUGCUUAUGGCGUGGCGGGCCAGCCUCUCUCGCAAUGUUCGAGAGCUAAGGUUUUGCUGUUGCAAUAUCAGCCAAAGUGGUGCUCCGGUCCGAGAAUUCUUCCGAACCAACUACGCUGAGCUGAAGGCCUUGAACCCGGGUUUCCCUAUUUUGCUUCGGGAAGGGACGGGCGCUGAUCCUUAUCUCCUGGCUACUUACGACUACGGAGUGGAGCACCGUCUUUCAUUGAGCGGGCUUUCACAAGAGAACAUCGCCAAGGAGGUGGAGAAGGCUGUAGAGAAGGGGUCAUCCCUGCCGCUGUCACCGAUGCAGCCUUCUUUCAGAUCGGCAUCCGCUGGUGCGGUUAAGGCGUAGGACGUUGGCCGCCAGAGCUUGACUCUUUUAAGUGUCGAUGGCUAAACACGCAUCCACACACUGCCAUGUGUGAGGGGGCCUAGCGACCUCUGACGCGAUUUUUUUUUUGUUAUUGGAAUGCGGAAUGGCAACUUGCUACCGAUUUUGCGUAGUAGUAUCACAGUUGUGUGACAACCGCAAAUGGUUCGUGUCAGGCUUUUAGAUCGGGUGUCCAACUAGGCCUGGUUGUGUGAUUGCUUUGGCGCCAAUGUGGGACAGCAGUAGUAAGAACAACAACAACGAAUUUCCUCACCUCUUCCGUGUGUGCUUGUCUGUUUGGUGAACGUUGGUUAGCCACGUUAAAGCUCUUCACUCGCAAAGUUGACCGUUGUACAUUGGGUUUUCAUCAGUCAACAUCGGGUCGUGAAGAGGCUUGUUACGCAGGUGGCGUGUGGUAUCAAUCUGUUGGUUUGACGAGACGCCUGCACAAACACUAUACUCUUCCCCGUGACGUAUCUUUGUUACACCAGCCGCUGUCAUGUGGUAU